AUGAAAGUCAGGUCCUGCAGGUUGAAUGUAGCAUGGAAUGCUCUCUGCACUGGUGAACAAGAGCAAAGUCACUCAGCAGGUACUGAUAUAGUUCAUGGUAGAUGGUAUUUAUUAUAGAAUUGCAUAAUUGAGUAAAAUCACGUAUUCUGAUUGGUUAACGAAGAGAGGUAUUCAGUGUGGAAUUGCGAGUUGAAAACGAGGCUAAGGGAUGUUUUUUCGCAUCUACGUAACAACUAUCGUCAAAUUGUAACACAACAACUGCAAAAAAGGUUUUCUACAAUGUCAUUUUAAAAUGUUUUCAAAAUCAUUGUCACCUUUUGUAUAUCCUUUCUUAACAUACUGAAAUGUCGCCUGGUCCUCCACCUACUGUUCCAACCUAAACUGUAUUUACCUUUUGCAAAAGCGUCUAGUGCGGCUCAUAACAAAAGCUCACUAUCUAGCAAAUACCGCCCCUUUGUUUAGCCAGUUUUUAGUAAACACAGUACAAAAACAAGGAAACAUAAUGCAAAAAUAAGGAAAUAAAGUGCGAAUUUCUCAGAGAAUGAAAACCUGUGAUUGGCUAAUAAAUAAUCAGUGUUCUCCAGAGGUGUGGGCAACUGGCAGUUUCACUGGGAACUCUUUUCCAAAGUGCCAGCUACUCUUAUGAGUCAAAACAUAAAAAAAACUGUCUGUAACUUUUAUCUUCAAUUUUUCGUAAGUUCCAUUUUUUUCCGCAAAGGAUAAAAUGGCACCCGAAGCAAAUCGUGUUAAUUCAUUUCUUAGAAUACUAGAACAUGCAAUUUCAUCGGGAAAAUAACAAACAAACAAAAAAGCCACAAGAGCUUGUUUGAAAGUUUAUCGAAAAACACAUGAAAAUACAUGGAACUAAAGUGCCUUGAACAGCUACAAAAGAAGACAGGUGUUGUUUAUUCAUGGUUGUGAAGCCACUCGCUGAGGCACUUGCCGAUAGAUAGCUGCGGCUUGUUUAUCCGACAUGAAGAAUAUAAAUCACAAGCAACUAGAAUACACGCUAUGCAGCCAUUCACUACAGCAAUCGAGGCGUCAGUAAAGCUUCUUUUCUUGUUCAGCAAAACCAGCUUGUGGCUUCAAACAACGUCAUAACAAGCGACCAAGGUAAUAGUUUUUCUCCGUUGUUCUUACUUUUGUAACUGCUCCAAAAAUCCAAAUUCACGGUAAUUUUGAUGGCUGUUAAAAAUUAUUUUUCUUCACAUUUUUUUAGCUGUCCCGCUGUGUAAAAUCCUAGAAUCUCGAUGAGUUUUUAAAAGUGUUCAUCUUUACAAUGUUUUGAUUUUUCAUUCAUCCAGUUCAGGCGAGUCGGUUCAUGCGUUGACACUUCUGAUAGACAUGUGACAUGUGAAUAGCGGAACUCCCUUGUCUUUUCUGGUUUGUUCUAACAAGAUUCAAAGAGAUUUUGUGGGCGUUUUAAAUAAAAUAAUUAUUCCACUUGCGCUUGUUGGAUGAGAUGAUUAUUGCCAACUCGGCGCUAUGCGUCUCGUUGGCUAUUUUCCAUCUCAUAUCCAACGUGCCCUCGUGGAAUAAUUGUUAAUUAUAAAAUAACUAAGAUAGUACGUGCAUUCUGAUUGGUUAAAAACCAAUAGUUUAUUGUGCCGGUAAAAUCAUAGAAAACUGAAACAUACUUUAAAGUUAUUUUAUAAAAGUAAAAGACCACAUUUUCUAAAGGUUUGCUGGUGUGAUAACCCACUUGGGAUGUUGGGAGAAGACUGGAAAAGCUUGUAAACCACCAGCUUAACUUCUCAGAUCUCUGGGUCUCAUGCCCCCAAACCCCCCCCUUAGAUACGGUACUCUCGGCUUUACCAGCACUUGGUAUCAGGCACCAGUUACUUUACAUUGGGAGCUGGCUACUUUAAAACUUCUGGAGAACACUGAACAAUAGAAAUAUAUAAGAACCAAUGAGCCUCAGGUGUCACAAUCUGCUUGCUUAUCUUCUUAGCCAUGGAAGAACAUGAAAGUCAGGUCCUCCAGGUUGAAUGUAGCAGAAAAUGCUCUCUGCUUGGUGAACAAGAGCAAAGUCAAUCAGCAGGUACUGAUAUAGUUCAUGGUAGAUGGUAUUUAUUAUAAAACUUAAUAAUAUACAUGGAAAAAUUUCUUGAAUGAGAUUGGCUUAGAGCAGUGCAGUUUUUAGUAAACACAGUAAAAAAAGCAAGGAAACAUAAUGCAAAAAUAAGGAAAUAAAGUGCAAAUUUCUCAGAGAAUGAAAACCUGUGAACAAUCAGUGUUCUCCAGAAGCGCAGGCGACUGGUGGUUUCGCUGGCUACUCUUAUGACUCAAAACAGUAAAAAAAACUGUCUGUACCUUUUAUCUUGAAUUUUUCAGAAGGUCCUAAAAGAAACAAAAACAAUAGCUUGUUGUACAAAAAGCUCGUUGGUGUAUGACAAUUUGCCUUUUGCUAAUGGUAUUAUCGAUAUAUUUACUGAAUGAUUUUUGAUGAGACAUUGCCAGAUAAUAUUUUUUAAUUAUAAAAUAACUAAGAUAGUACAUGCAUUCUGAUUGGUUAAAAAGCAAUAGUUUAUUGUGCUGGUAAUCUCAUAGUAAACUGAAACAUGCUUUAAAGUUAUUUUAUAAAAGUAAAAGACCACAUUUUCUAUGGAUUUACCAGCAUGAUAACUCACUUGGUUCUUGGGAGAACUCUGGAAAAGCUUGUAAAUAACGAGCAAAACUUCUCAGAUCUCUGGGCUUAAUGCCCCCAAACCCCUCCCUUAGAUACAGUACUCUCGCUUUAUCAGUGCUUGGUGUCAGGCACCAGUUUCUUUGCUUUGGGAGCUGGGUACUCUAAAACUUCUGGAUAACACUGAACAAUAGAAAUAUAUAAGAACCAAUCAGCCUCAGGUGUCACAAUCUGCUUGCCCAACUUAUUAAGAUUAUAUCUUAUCUUCUUAUAUUAGCCAUAGAAGAAUAUGAAAGUGAAGUCCUCCAACUUGAAUGUAGCAUGGAAAGCUCUCUGCCAGGUGAACAAGAGCAAAGUCAUUCAGCAGGUACUGAUAUACCGGUAGUUGUUUAUGGUAGAUGGUAUUUUAUUAUGAAAGUUAAUAAUAUACAUGAAAAAAUUUCUCUGUGAAUUUGAUUGGCAUAGAGCAGUGUACAUUUUAGUAAACACAAUGCAAAAACAAGGAAACAUAAUGCAAAAAGAAAGAAAUAUAAUGCAAAUUUAUCAGAGAAUGAAAAACUGUGAUUGGGCCAAUAAACAAUAGAAAUUUAUCAGAACUAAUUAAGUGCCACAAUUUGCUGGUGGGAAGCAUGUAUACUUUUAAAACUUCCCCCUUUUUGGUGUAAUUAAUUAUGCUCUGUUGUCUUACCUAAGUAAUCUUUCCUUUUUCUUGUAACACUUUUUUUCUCAAUAUUUUAUUUUAUGAAUUUACCUGAUUAUUUUUAUUUAUUCAUUCAUUGUGGGUUGUUUUUUUUUUCAUUUUUGUAACCAAGAUUUUGAAAUUAAUAAAGGUGUGGGUGGGCGUGUGUGUGUAACAAAUAAGAAUGUUAAAACUUUCAUAUAUAUAUUUUUUACAUGGACUCAAAAGAGCAGCUAUAUAUAAUGAGUGAUUUUGUUACCUCUGCAUUCUAUCUAUGUUCCUGACACAUAAAAAUCGCCAAAGACAUAAAAUAAUUCAUGGAUAUAUCGAUCUGAACGUGUGUAUUUGUAGAAAUAUCCCGUACGUGUAAUUUCUGUGGCAGUUAUGGUUGUUGUUUAGUGAUGCAUAUUUGUUUUAGCCUUUGUUGACUUCUGCUUUAAAAUAGAAGAACUAUAUUUUAAUUUCAGUAUACUAUAAUACAGAGUUUUGGAGUGUGUCUUCAGAUUAACUGUCUGUGGCUGGUACAUAAAGGCCCAAACAUUUGCCAUUUUGGACUCAUUUUUUUUAACAGGGACUCAUUGGUUCUGGACUGGGACUCAUGAUUUCUCACAAGAUGAGUCCCAGAAUUCAUCACAUUUAUUUGUAACAAAAACACUGUAUAAUUCAUUGAUUAGACCUUUUGUCAUGUAAUUCAAGUGUUGUUGUUGUGGUAAACAUGACAAGUCAUCAUGUCUGUACUUAAUUCUCCAUGACUGGAUUGUAGGAUUUUUGUUCUGUUUGUAUUUGAUCGUGCAUUAUUAUUAUGGGAAAACUUACCUUAGGGUUGCAUUACUUUGACUAGGACAAAGUUAAAAUACAUUGAAUUCUCAUAGAGAUAAUUAUUUUUUGGAUUAUAAUAAUGAGUUCAUUGGUUGGGUCACUCCCAUUAUAUUUGAUGACUGGUUUAUGAAAUAUCAGCACUUAGAAAAUGAUUGUCAAGGUUGUUGUAUUAUCCGAAGUUUCAAAAGUAGAAAUAUUGUGUAUUUUCUAUUUGAAAUCAGGUUUUGAGAACACUUCCACAGAUACAGCUUUAUAAUAGUAAUUCUUGUACAGUUAUACAAGCAUGCAGUACUAGGGUGCGAAGAAAAGGAGGUCAGUUUUGUGCUUGUCCUUCGGGAAGGCUGUAGCUUGCAUCUGUUAGCCCAAGAAUCACAACUCUAUUAUCCAUCAGGCAAGAUAAAAAUAGAAUCCACUAGCCCCAUAGCUUAUAUGAAUUGUGUAGUUGGUUAAUACAAAUAAUUCAUUUACUAGGAGAAGAGUUGGAACAACACACUCCUGCAGUAGAAAAUGGCCCAAUUGAGGGAGCAAGCAAUGUGCAGGAAACACAGCAACCUCUUCCAGAAGUAAAUAAUAGUAGCCACUUAGAAGAUGACCGCCUAAUUGCUAGAGCAAGGGCAGUUGGUGUGGACUAUGAGUUUCCAAAGCCUGGUGAAGUGGAAACGGAGGAUGACAGAAGAAAAGAUUUUAUUUACUUGAAUCAAGUCCAUUCCUUUUUUCUCCAACAACAAUGA